CUGCCGCCAUGACACGGUUGGAAGCCGGUGAGAGGCAGUGGGAGCACAUCUGACGUACCGGAGAAUACCCACCUACUGCGGGGAAUACCCACCUUUUGUGGACAACACCGACCUACUGCGGAGAAUACCCACCUACUGCGAAGAAUACCCACCUACUGCGGAGAAUACUCACCUUUUGUGGACAACACCGACCUACUGCGGAGAAUACCCACCUUCUGCGGAGAAUACCCACCUACUGUGGAGAAUACCCACCUACUGUGGAGAAUACCCACCUACUGUGGAGAAUACCCACCUACUGUGGAGAAUACACACCUACUGUGGAAAUUACCCACCUACUGUGGAGAACAAUCUUUGAUGCAAUCGAUGCUGCUGCCUCCCUGGAGGGAAUUAUUGCUGAGCCACAGGUGGACCAUGUGACGCCUGACCUUCAAGGACUCCACAAGAUCACAUGUGAGGCUCCUCUCCGGAGGCUGAGCGGCUCAUCGAGCUCUUCAUGAGUAGUUUGCCGGCCCGCACACGCCAAUGGCCCAGUGAAGAGGGACCUCCAUCCACGCUGGCUCUUCGUCCCUGGAGGAGUAGCAUGACUUUCAAGUCCACUGGGAGGCGUGUGUGAGUGGGCCCCGCUUGACCUCGGAUUAGAUCCUCUGCGAACCCAUGGUGGACUUGCUGUGAGCCGGACUUGGGACUCUAGCAGUGGAGGGAUGUCUGCAGAGGCCGAGCUCCAGCCGGGUGUCAAAACCAGCCAGCGGAGGGAGUCCAGGAGGAUCAAAGGUCAGGACCGCAGCGAGGCGGGGCUUAUUAAGCGUUUCCGUGGAGACGGAGUGCGCUACAAGGCCAAGCUGAUCGGGAUAGACGAGGUGACGGCGGCACGCGGGGACAAGCUGUGUCAGGACUCCAUGAUGAAGCUGAAGGGUAUGGCGUCGUCCGCACGUUCCAAAGGCGAGCACAAGCAGAGAGUCUUCUUGACCGUCUCCUUCAGCGGGAUCAAGAUCUACUGCGAGCGAUCAGGGGUGCUUCUGCAUCAGCACUCGGUCCAUGAAAUCAGCUACAUCGCCAAGGACACCAGAGACCACCGAGCCUUUGGCUACGUGUGCGGCAAGGAGGGCCACCACCGCUUUGUGGCCAUCAAGAGCGCACAGUCGGCGGAGCCGGUCAUCAUGGACCUGCGAGACCUCUUCACUCUCAUCUACGACAUGAAGCAGCGGGAGGAGGUGGAGAAGAAGGCCCAGAAGGACAAACACUGUGAGCAGGUGGUGUACCAGACCAUCCUGGAGGACCAAGUGGACGACCCGGUGUACCAGUACAUAGUCUUUGAGGCUGGACACGAACCCCUGGGUGGCCCCCAGUCAGAGGAGAGCGUUUAUCAGGUCCCAAGCAGUCAGCAGAAGGACGGGAUCUAUGACGUCCCGAAACGCCAUUUCAUGACUAACAUCAACCACUUUGAUCUUUUCGGAGACAUGUCCACCCCUCCCUCGAUGCCUCCAUCACCCGCCAACACGCUGGACCCGAGCAGGAUCAGCCGCCAGCAGCACAACCCUGCCGACAUGUACGCCCCCUUCAACCCCACCCCGGUGCCGUCAGGUUACAUGACCAUGGGCCCUGUGCAGGCAUCCCAGUGGGCACAGCAGCCCUUUCCUGGCCAGCCUCAGACGUUAGCCUUCCCUGUGCAGGGGCCCCUCCAGGUGGCCCAGGUCCUCCCCGGAGGUCAGCCCCUCAUCUGGAGCCAGGCCAACAUUUUCCGAGCCACGCAGCAGCAGUGGGCGGCCAUGGCGGCCUACAUGCCCGGCCAGACCGUGGGGGGCCACGCCAUCCCGGCUGCCGUGCUCCAAGGCCUGCUGCCCGUCACCGCCGUGUGCCCCCAAGCCUGCGACCUCUCCGCCCCCUCCUCGGCCAUCACCAGCCCCCAGCACGCGGCCGACCCCGCCCUGGUGGAGAGGCAACUUAGUCUGGGGCAAGACGGUUUAGGCGUGGACUUUGAUGCCGGUGAGGGCCCGUCUACGUCAGGAUUGGUGCCGGGGAGCGGGUGUGGCCCUCUUGGCGCAGCGGACACCCUCAUGUGCAGUCAUGUGUUGCCCCCCCCUGUGGCUGUGACACUGGAGGAGGAAGACCUGGAUCCUUCUGGCAUGACCUUGAGUCCUGGUACCUCCACUGAGUCACCGUCUAGUCAGCAGACCUCAGACCUGCCAGCUGCCCCAGUGUGCCACCUCCAGACACAUCUUUCCCUUCUUGACUGUGAGGGCCACUCCAGCCUGGCCAAGGAGGACUGUGGUGCGGCCAGGUCAGGGUCUCUCCGUGAUCCAGGUGAGGACCAGACCUGUCCACAGGAAGAGCGCUCGUCCACCAGCAAAGACCGCCAGCUGCCGAGUCGUGUCCUCGUGGCGUCCUUUCACGCGCAAACUCUGGGUCACGGACUCUGGGUCUGGCUAAGCUUUUGCCUCGUCCCUCGCUGCACUAGCGACCUGAUAAGACCCGAGGAACCACCGUGUUGGUCACCACAUCCCAUGAUGCUUUGUGCCAGGGGACAGAUGUGUUUGUGGCGCCGGCUCCUCGCUUCCACGCUCAGCUUGUUGAUCCUCAGCUUGUUGAUUCUCAGCAGUGGAGCUGACGUCACAGCAGCCAGCCAUGAGGAUCCAGGUGUCCGUGAAGCUCGCUCGGUGGGCAAACGGGUGCUCCUUCAGCCGGUGGACUGUGUCCUGUCCGAGUGGAGUCCAUGGUCACAGUGUGAUGUCUGUCAGAAGAAAAGGUAUCGCUUUGCCAAAGUGGAGCAGCCGGCACAGUUUGGAGGGCAGCCAUGUGGUUUUGACGGGAGGGAGGAGGAACCCUGCCAGGUUCCAGACAGAUACACCUGCAACAACAUUCCUCCCUGUGAAGGUUUCUUCUGCAGCAAAACAGGUCGCUGUAUUCCAAGAACACUGCAGUGUAACGGGGAGGACGACUGCGCCGACAUGGCAGACGAGGCGGGCUGCAGCAUGUGGCAGACGCCCUGCAGACACCAGGCGGAGGAGUACUGGGGCAUCGAGAACCUUGCCAAAGGAAUCAACAUCUUGGACAGCGAGCUGCAAGGAGUCGUGUUGGACAACCGCUACUAUGCAGGAAGUUGUCUACCACACUACAUCCAGGACGUGGCCUUCAGGAAGCCUCACAACCUGCAACACUACACCAUGCAGACAAAAGGCUCCUUGGACUUCACCCUGGAGGAGUUCCAGUCCUACUCGGACUACAUGGACCACACAAUCCGUGAGAGGAUGACUCAGACCUCGGUGACCUCUGGUUUUGCCAUCCCAGGUAUUGUGGAGUUCGGCUACAACCACAGCAAGGCCAAAUACACCAAGUGGGUCCAGAAGGUCCGCCGUGCUUCAGGGAAGACCCACAGCUUCAUAAGGGCCAAAGCGGAGCUGGAGUUGGCCCAGUACAUGGUCAAGUCCGACAACCUGAUGCUGCACCCUGACUUCCUGCAGCGCCUGAGAUCCUUGCCCCAGUCCUACGUGUACGGCCAGUACAGGCAGGUCUACAGAGACUACGGGACACACUACAUCACGGAGGCCGCCCUGGGAGGGGACUAUGAGUACACCAUGGUCCUGGACAAGGAGAAGCUGAAGAAGACGGACUACACUCUGACGGACUAUAAGAAGUGUGUCCAGUCGGGCUUUAAGGUGGGCGCCAACAUCUACGGCGUCUACGUGUCUGCGGGCUACCAAGGUGGCUCCUGCAAUGGUCUCCUGAACGAGAUGGGAGAGGACACCACCCUGGGCAGCAUGGUGGAGGACACCGUGUCCCUGGUGAGAGGUGGUAGUAGCCAGGCCAUCACUGCCCUGGUCUCCCACAGGCUGCCCAGUCCUCAGCUCAUGAGGCUCUGGGGGGAGGGGGUGCGCUUCAACCCGGACUUCCUUCGUACAACGACGCGACCUCUGUACGAGCUGGUGACCUCCAGAGACUUCACCUUGGACCAGGUCUUGAAGAGGAACCUGAAACGAGCCCUGCUGGAGUACCUGGAAGAGGCCAGCUCCUGUCGCUGUGCUCCGUGUCACAACAAUGGUGUGGCCGUCCUGCGAGGCAGCAGAUGUGACUGUGUGUGUCCUGUCGGCUACAGCGGACUGGCCUGUGAGGUCACUGGCAGACAGACAGAAAUGGCCAGGGAUGGCAACUGGAGCUGCUGGGGUUCCUGGUCUUCCUGCAGUGGAAGAAGCAAGACCAGGAUUCGGCAGUGUACCAACCCGGCACCAGAACAUGGCGGCCUGCCCUGCAGAGGUGUGCAGCAGGAGUCAACAGAGUGUUUUUGAACAGGUCCUGGUCCUGGUCCUGGUCCACACCUGCCUCAAAGUCUAUUAAACCUCCUUCCAUUAAAAUG